AUGAGUGACACGCUGAUGGAUGUGGAUGCGGUUUCAGAGGUGUGUGAGAUGCAGGGUGAGACGUUUGCGGCUGAAUGCCGGGCAGAGCUUGAGAAGCAGCUGAAGGAGUGGGGCACUCCACAGCGGUACUUGGAGCAUCGCCUUGGCUGCCCCUCUGCGGGGGGGUUGGGGAAGUGGACCCAGAAUGUGCGUGACUUCCUGCAGUGGCUCUGGGAUACCUUUCCAGAGAAGGACUCUGCGCUGUAUUGUUAUACAGAGCAGCUGCCGGCCACCAAGCAUGCUGAUUUGUCCACUACCUUGCCGCUGGCAGUGCAUGUCUCAACCUUGGCCUUUGAGCAAGCAGCUUCUGUGAAGCCAGCGCCGGGCCGUGACCUCACUCUGCAGCUUGUGGAUCACUACCUGGCUGAUGGCUUCAUCACUUCUGGGGAAGUCUUGCUUGUGUCGCAGCCAGAUGCCCUCCUCUGCGAUCCACUCCCUGGUCCUUGGGGUGGCGAGCUGAAGGCCUUCAGUGUGGGCUACGUGAAGGGCCAGGCCCGAGCGGUUUCCUUGCUUGCCCUCCUGUCGAUCAUGCAUGAGAUGAAGGUUUCUGUGGAUGUUCUCCUAAAGGAAGCCCCAAAGUUUCAUGAGACGGUCUCUUUGAUUUGGGUGCAGAGGAUCCAGGAAGGCAGCCGCAGCGACGAGGCUUUGCUGAACAUGAAGCUUUCCCUUCGAGGCACUCUCCGCAAAGCCUGCAACGUGGUGCAGAUUUGUGAGAUGAUCCGCCGCCUUCGAGUGGAAGGGGAGACCUACAGCAAGUUUGUUCAGCGCUGGAACUCGAGCUGUGCGAGAACACACCAGCUGGCUGGCCGCAAGUCCCAGUCGCUCAAGCUGCUCUUUGAGCAUGCCUCUGAGGAUAUCCUGGACUUGAUCUUGCUGCAUGUCAACACGUUGGGGUGGGACCAUUGCGUGUACAGCGAGGAUUCCCUUGCCAGCAAGCGCAUCUAUGUGGGGUACCAGUUUCCCUCCAAGUCCCGACGCUGGCAGCACCGCUUGAAGGUGACCGAGCUGUCCAUGAUCACGAUGGCCCACCGAGCACAGUACAUGCAGGAAACUGCGGCUGACUAUGCCCGCAGAAAGCUGGAUGUGCAGCAUCUGGAGGCUCUUGCUGAGAAGGCUGCUGCUUUGACAGCCAUGAUCAAUGAGUUCCGUGCCUUUCAUCCUGUGCCAGAGGAUGUGCUGCGUGAGAAGAUCCUCAAGGAGUGGGCCUGUAGGUCCAACCGCAUUGAUGUGGAGCUGAACGCAGCCCUGCUGGACAAGGCUGACAGCUUCGAGGUUGCAGCCAACAUGCCAUGCUUCAAGGCCUUGCUGGAUCAGCACCUCACAACGGCCCCUGUGUCCUCGGCGUCUGAGGCAAACUUGCUGGAUGCCCUGAAGCAGGAUGAGUUCGACCACUUGAUCAAGAAAUUGCAGUAUGACACCCAGGUGUUUCAGAUUUGGCAGGCCAAAUGCCGAACUAUUUCGGAUGCUCGAGAGCAUGCUCGCCAGGAGCAUGUCCUUGCAACGCACGUUGCCAACAAGACGGCCGUGGAAAACUUCGUCGGUGCCUGUGUCAAGUUCCUAGCAUGGGAGGAGAAGGGCUGUGACCAGCUCCUCCCUGAAAUCUUGGAUUUCCGCAGGGAUGUCUUGCGCAAGCUGCGCACAGGUGAUGUAAAUGCGGCAACGCCCACGUUCUGCAUCCUGAACUGGACCACUCCUUGCUGCUUCCGUGACCAUCGUCAGAACGAGCAUGUGAACUUGUUGGCGUGGGCCUUCCAUGAUAGCCCCCAGAGCUCUGGCAUUGUGUUUGGGCCUGUGUACUCUUGGAACAAGGGCAAGAUUUUCCUGGAGGAAACUGCAGCCAUGAACAUGCUCAGCCGCCAAGGUGUGAACCUGGAUCACUCCUUCUCGCUUCUCUUUGAGGAUCGUUGCGACCAGAGAGACGGCCGACCGCUUAACUACCCUGGACGGUAUCUCUUCCCUGGUUUCGUGCCUGACCUUGCCAAGAACAUGUUCUUCCAUGGUGACCUUCGCAAGUGUGGACGCGCAGAUGCUGUCAAGCAGCUGCCUGCGAAGGACUUGAAGGAGAUGGAUGACUUGCGUGAGGAUGCUGUGCCUACCUCUUGCGAUGCCCGCCCGGUAAGUGGCCCUGCGAAGUAUGGUCAGUUUGGUGUGCCGGCUGCGGAGGAAGUCCUCUGUAAGUCCUUGAAGGGUGUCUCCCUGGACAAUGUCGCAGCGGUCUUCAUCAUUGAUGUGGCGCCGAAGGUUGGAGACUUCUGCCAGGCCUUCCUCCAGGCGCGCCCAAAGCUGUCCCACACCUGUCCUGUGGUCUAUGUGGCCAUCUCUGAGAAGCAGUCGGAGUCUGACUGGCUCCAAGCUGCUUUGCUUGAAGAUUUGGUUGUCAGGGUGAAGGCUGGCACCUUCUCUGUGCCUGGCGCCAAGGCGAAUGCAGAGAUUCCGGCUGACUUGCUGCAGCCCUUCCCCGCGUUGCCCAACAUGAACUUGCUAGUCACAAAGGGUGAUGAUGAGAAGAAGGCUUUGCAGAUCCCAGCUCCCCUCGUGAAGAAAUGGGCUGGGGAUGCUGAGUUUGGCAGCCGUUUUCAGACCUGGCUGGAUGAGUUCUUGAAGACCUACGAGGUUGCUGAGGAAGCUGCCUCAGGUGAGCAGGGAACUCCGGAGCCAGCCCUCAAAAGGCAAAGGACAACUCCAGCUGUGGAGGACAAGGUCUUGGAUGCGAGCUUCCUGGUGGACAAUGACAAGGUAGAGGGCGCCUUGCUUUUUGAUGUGAAGCUGUCCCCUAAGGAUGCCUUGAACUUCCAGCUUCGAGCAGCCCAUCGAGCAUUCCUGGUGAAUCAGUUGAACCACGAGUUCACAUUGAAGUCUGGAGCGCCUGUCAUUGGAUUUGGCCGGGGAAGCUUCAAGCUUGUGAAGGCCAAUGAGACAAUGGAUGAGAAGGCUGUGCCAUUCAUCAUCAAGAACGUGGAUACUUUGGUGUGUGUCAGUGGCACUGUGAUGACGAUCUGUGAUGCCCUGCAGCAGCAGCGCAAGACGAAGCCGGAUGCAAGCGUUUGCUAUCAUACCGUCAAGGUGCCAGAGGACAAUCCGAACUCCUUUGUCUUUUCUGCGACUCACUGCGUGGCCUACAUCCCAUCUGGAGGGGCCAACAAGCCGAAGAAGGAGAAUGCCAAUGCUGGUGAGGAGGACAAUGGCUCUGAGGGAGGAGCUGUGACAGCCAGCAAUGUUGCAGCGCGCGAGGCACUGAAGAUUUGGGAGGCCUCCCCAGCAUUGAAGCUGGUCUGGUGGGUCAGGUGGACCGUCAAGGGCUUGAGCCCUGUGAAGCCCAUGCUGCACAUCGGCCUUGGUGAGAAGCUCGUGUUGCCGGUUGGCAAGUCCUACAAGGUCACUGCUGAGUGA